AUAAGACUAUCCAUACGCUUCAGCAUCUUCAUCGAUGAACAACUGAAUUAUCAGACGCUCGUGAAUCAUGAUGAAUAUCAAARCUUCGUUUGCUGUUGGCAUUGCCUUUAUAGUAGUGUCUUUUACUGCGGUUUCUGGGAAUUAUGACAAGUGCGACAGGAACUAUGAGAAAGUUGGAUGUUAUAAUGACAAAAGAGUAAACCGGGCACUUCCUACUGAGCUCCUGAAUGGAAGAGAUCGAAGUAGGAAAAUCUUUGAUGGACACAGAAUUGACUGGAAAAACUUCACAGGAUACAUAGAAGGAUUUGCAUGUAGAUGUGCUGCUAAAUCCAGAGAGAAAGGACACGAAAUUUUUGGUCUUCAGUUCUAUGGUGAAUGCUGGAGCGGCGAAGGUGACUAUACAAAGCAUGGAAAUGCGGACAAAUGUGUAAAUGGAACCUACAAGCAGUGCAAUGAUCAAGACCAGGCUGUUUGUGUUGGUACGCAACAUACAAACUAUGUGUAUAGACUAACAAAAGCCGGCAUCGACGGAGGCUAUGGUAAAUGGUCUGACUGGACUCCCUGCACAAAAACAUGCGGUGGUGGCGGAGUUACUACACGUACCAGAUCAUGUGAUAAUCCCAAGCCACARGGCAAUGGUAAAGACUGCUCGACUUUGGGACCAAAUCAAGAAACGAAGUCUUGUGGAGAAGAUAUUUGUCCAUUUUACUGUCAAGGAAAACUAGACGUUGGAAUACUGCUGGAUGGAUCUACAAGCGUGAAGGAAUCAAAUUUUGAUAAAACAAAGGGAGUUCUUAAGAAAUUAGCGGAAUAUCUGAACGUUUCUCCAGAGGGGACGCAUUUCGGAAUCAUAACCUUUGCCAGUGAAGUGUGGGUUAAUCACAGAUUCGAUUCARCACAAGACCUUGAGGGAGUUAAAAGCAAGAUCGAUAGCAUUGGUUACCCAUAUGGGAAGACMUAUACCUCUAAGGCUCUUAAAGAGGCUGGAAUAGUGUUCUUUGGUAAGARCACCGGCAACAGACAAAAUGUUAGAGAUCUGCUGAUUGUGUUUACUGAUGGUGUGAACAGUAACGGUCUUGAGAGCCUGGUGAGAGCUAUGGAAUUCAGUGGAAUUAAGGAAUUAAAGACGUCGUUAGCAGUUGGCAUUGGAAACGACAUCUCAAAUAAACAACUUCUUGUAAUUGCAAAAAUGAAUGAAGACAAUGUAAUCCUUGCAGAAGACUUUGAUGCAUUGAAAAGAAAACUUGGUCCAAUUAUCAAGCAGUCUUGUCAAGCCGACGUCGACGGAGGCUAUGGUAAAUGGUCUGACUGGACUCCUUGCAGUACAACCUGCGGAGGGGGUGGAGUCACUACACGUACCAGAUCAUGUGAUAAACCCAGGGCACAAGGCAAUGGUAAAGACUGCUCCACAUUGGGACCAAAUCAAGAAACUAAGUCUUGUGGAGACAUUAUUUGUCCAUUUUAUUGCAAAAGGAAACUUGACGUUGGAAUCUUGCUUGAUGGAUCGUCGAGCAUCAAAAAAGCAAAUUUUGUUAAAGCAAAAGGAGUUCUUAAAAAUUUAGCUGAAUACCUGAAGGUUUCUCCAGACGGGACGCAUUUCGGAAUCAUAACCUUUGCCAGUGAAGUGUCAGUUAAUCACAGAUUCAAUUCAACACAAGACCUUACGGGAGUAAAAGGCAAGAUCGAUGGAAUUCGAUAUCCGCGUGGUAAAACCCGCACUACUUUAGCCCUGAGAAAAGCGGAAAAAGCUUUCUUUGGAGAGAAGAUCAAAGGCAACAGACCUGCUGUCCAAGAUGUGAUGAUUGUGUUUACUGAUGGAAAAAAUACCAGUGGAAUCAGAAAACUAAGGAAUGCCAUGACAAGAGCAUUCAAGAAUGUACGUAUUGUGGCAGUUGGUAUUGGAAAAUUCAUCUCAUCAGGUGAACUCGAAGUCAUUGCUAAAGGCAACAAGAGCAAUGUGAUUCUUGCUGAAGACUUCGAUGCUCUGAAGAGAAACCUUGGUCCCAUUAUCGCGCAGUCUUGUCCGAAAAGGUAUAAUAACACUUUUAUCUUUAAAGUGCACCUAGUUAACCCCUGA